UUUCCAUCACUUUUUUUUUCCCGAGAAACAAACGGAAAACUAGAAAGAAUGAAACUUUUCCAACAUCUCAGACAAUACUCCAUCCCUACUCGCAGGAAAACCCUAAUUUCCUCUAUUGGAGUUGGGCUUCUGCGAAAUGUGGGGCCCGAACGAUGCUUUUGCACGCGCUCAGAGGACUCGGAGCUGAAGGGAUUGCUGGAAUACAUGGAUUCUCUGAAGAACUACGAGAAAUUGGGCGUACCCAAAGACGCGGGUACGGAUUCGGAAGACGGGUUCGAUCUGGGUCGGAUGCGACGGUUGCUGGAGCUACUGGGUAAUCCUCACUCCAAGUUCAAGGCGGUUCACAUUGCCGGGACGAAGGGGAAAGGAUCAACCGCUGCAUUUCUCUCCAACAUGUUGAGGGCAGAAGGUUAUUCUGUUGGUUGUUAUACUAGCCCGCACAUUCAAACUAUAAGGGAACGUAUAUCAGUGGGCAGGUUUGCUGAACCGGUGUCAGCGAAGGCGUUGAGUUCUCUUUUUGAUAGGGUUAAGAAGAUUCUGGAUCAUGCAAUAGAAGUUGAAAAUGGGCGUACAAGUCAUUUUGAGGUUCUCACUGCUUUGGCAUUCACAUUGUUUGCUCAAGAGAAUGUUGACAUAGCAGUUAUUGAGGCUGGGUUGGGGGGCGCACGUGAUGCAACUAAUGUCAUUUGUAGCUCUGAACUUGCUGCAUCGGUCAUUACGAUAGGUGAGGAGCAUUUGGCUGCACUUGGGGGUUCUUUGGAAAGCAUUGCAAUGGCGAAGUCUGGAAUCAUUAAACAUGGCUGUCCAGUGGUUCUGGGUGGUCCAUUCCUCCCACAUAUUGAACAAAUUCUUCGUGAUAAAGCAUUGUUGAUGAGUUCCCCUGUAGUAUUAGCAUCUGAUACUGGAAAUAAAAGUAAGAUAAAUGGUGUUAGCAUGCUCAAUGGCAGACCUUUCCAAUCUUGUGAUAUAGUCAUACGAGUUGAAAGGGACUUAAAGCUGUUCAUUGAGCUAUUGGAUGUGAAACUAUACAUGCUUGGAACUCACCAACUUCAGAAUGCAGCAACUGCUACUUGUGCAGCACUAUGUCUCCGCAACUUAGGAUGGAGAAUUUCAGACGGAUCCAUUAGAACUGGUUUAGAGCAAACAAGAUUGUUUGGAAGAAGUCAGUUUCUUACAUCAAAAGAAGCUCAGGCAUUAGGAUUAUCUGGGACAACAAUAUUGCUUGAUGGAGGGUUUUCUUAUUUAUUCCUACCAUUGUGUGACUACAAUACUAAAUACCUGCUGGGGAGUGAUUUUUCAGCCCACACCAAAGAGUCUGCUAGAGCGCUGAUGGACACUGUAAAGAUGACAUUUCCAGAGGCAGGACUGACUCUUGUGGUUGCAAUGGCUAGUGACAAAGAUCAUCUAGGUUUUGCAAAAGAGUGCCUGUCAGGUGGGCAUGUAGAGGGUGUUGUUCUGACCGAAGCUAACAUCGCUGGGGCAACAUCUCGCACAACUGCAGCCUCAUCGUUAAGAGAUUGCUGGAUCCAAGCUUCACAAGAAUUGGAAACAGAUAUUCUUCACGACGAAAUGCCUGAACACCAAAACUCAACUAUGGAUCAAUUACUUUGCAUAAGCAAGUCAGGAAAUAAACCGAUUUUGUCCACUGAGGGUUCGUUUCAGGCUUCCCUGAAGAUAACAAAUCAGAUUAUCAAAGGAAGAACGGGGGACCGGUUGCAAAUUGUUGUAAUUGCUGGUUCCUUACAUAUUGUUUCACUGGUGUUAGCUACCCUUCAUGAUUAACCUGCAAUUUUAUUUUUAAUCCUGCCUUUCCAUCUUCCCAGACUGGAGCUAGGAUUUCUCGUUUAAGAAUCCAGUUCCUUGUCACCUCUGUGUUAACAAACUUGAACGUUAGGACGUGCUUGUGAGGUAUGUCAUUGAGCAUGUAACAAUUUUACAUAUAAAUGUAUUUUGGCAAAUGCA